UUUCAUUUACGCAUGCGUGUGGCGGUUGCCCUGCUAGAGUUUUAACAGUCGUCAUUUUAAAAUAUGUCAGAAAAAGGAGAGGUGGAUUUGACCGGUGCCAAACAAAAUACAGGCGUGUGGCUCGUUAAGGUGCCCAAAUACCUUUCUCAACAAUGGGCAAAAGCGACAGGCAGAGGAGAAGUUGGAAAGCUCCGGAUCUGCAAGAAAGGAAAUCAAGGAAAACCAGAGGUAAGGAUUGCUCUGCAUCCCAGUACUCUGACAUACAGCAAUGGACUGUUUUAGUGUCUUUCACUUUGAAUGAAGAGCUGACUGUGAUUGACGGUAUAGAGGAUAAGACAGUGUCUGCACCACGCGAACACCCGUUCACCAUGCAGUCAGUGGGAGGUCAGACAUUGGCAGUCUUCACAGAGACUUCAUCAGGCCAGUCAGAAGAGAGAUCUGAUGGCAGCAGCUCAGGUUCGGGGGCAGGGACAGGCCCAGAUAAAAUAACCUUGGAGGGAGUGGUAGUGCAGAGAGCAGAAUGCAGGCCUGCUGUCAGUGAAAGCUAUAUGAGGUUGAAGAGGUUACAAAUUGAAGAGUCCUCCAAACCGGCCAGGCUGUCUCAACAGCUGGAAAAAGCUGUGACCAACAACUAUAAACCUGUGGCCAACCACGAUUACAAUCGUGAGUAUGAGAGGAAGAAGAAGGAGGAGGGCAAGAGAGCCCGAGCUGACAAGCAGCAAGUGUUGGACAUGUUGUUUUCUGCUUUUGAGAAGCAUCAGUACUACAACAUCAAAGACUUAGUGGAUAUCACCAAGCAGCCUGUGAUUUACUUGAAGGAAAUCCUGCGUGAUAUUGGCAUCUACAAUGUGAAGGGAACACACAAGAACACCUGGGAGCUCAGGCCAGAGUACAGGCAUUACCAAGGCGAGGAAAAGACUGAUGAAUAGUUUUUGAAUCCAAAGGUCAAUACAUGCUUUCCACUCAGAGGAGGGAUUUCCUCUUAGAUCAGAGCUUGGUUUGACCUGGUUUCUGUACAUCAGGUCUGAAGAUGCACUGGACAAUGAGGUGGAGUUUUGUAGUCCCAUCUCAUUCUGUAGGAACAAAAAUAAAGGGCACUAUGGAGAAAUCAGAGGUUAGGCCACUGCUUUUUCUGAUGUGGUUCCCUUUCACAGCUUGAGUGUGCUCAUUAGUGUUUUAAGAAGUAAAGGAUCUAUGACUUGAGGUUGAAAGCAGUGGAUAAUGUUUUUAAGUGUUUUGUAUAUCCAGAAAUAUGGGGUUUAAUGUGGAGAGGACAAAUUUUUUAGAACAAAGUGUUACUAUUGGUAUAGGUUCCACUCAGAUUUUUGUGACGUUUCUUUUACAAGUCCGUUUUUGUUUUUUUCUUCAAUGAAAGAUGGCUCAUCAGUUUUCACAACACAACAAAUUGGAUCCACAAUUUAUUGUGAUCUUUACUCCAGGUGUCUUCUUAUAACCCACCUUUUGUAUUAUUUUAGGUUGUUUUAUAUUUGGUCAACUUAUGCAAUAAAGUGUUUUUUUCAAUAGAAAACUUGUUUUUUAAUUAUAUUUUCAUAGCAGCCAGCUUAAUACUUGAUACAAAAACAAAAGCAUAAAUGUGAAACCACAGUGAAGACAAAUCAGCAUUGACCCAACGCAGCCACCCACUUUGGUCUUUUCAGUCUUUCAGUUACUGUCGUCUUCC